UGCGGAGAGACAGACACUAUCACAAACUACUCAACACUGGUACGAAUACCUACAUGGAGGUUAAUACUACUUCUUUACCUGAGAGACACACCAGUCGAUCAGCAAUGGAGACACAGACAGACAAACAAAGGUCCAACGACCACAACAACAACGGCCAGUUGAUUUUGGUUCCCCACAAGGACACGAUCCGUCUGCUUGAGGUUUACGUGAAGCGCAGCCUCAGCCUGAAUGAUGGGACACUUGGCAUCACAAAGAAUUUGAAGAAGGAAAAAUGGGUGACGAUGCCAAGAAAGCAAAGACGGCAUUCUAGUGACCCUUCCCUCGCUUUAGCAGGAUUAAACAGUGAGGGGAUCGGCACGUUCUCUGGGGUUGAAAAUCUCUCAGAUCUGCCUGAGACACUACAUGACAACGCAGAGAAAUUCAACAAAAAGCCCAAGAAAAUCAAGAAGCCCACCUUCUGGAAAAAUAUAUUUAGUUUUUUCACUGGGAAGAGUAUUGACGACGAAGAGCAGGACCAUCCACCAGAGAUUCCUGAGGUCUCUCAAACUGAAGAGGGGUCAGAUGUCAUGACCACAUGCCUUCCUACAACUCCAGUCCCCACACAGAAAAAGAAAACAAUGAGAAGAAAAUCACUAAAAAGAAGAUUAUCCAAAAGGCGGCUAUCAAUACCAAAAUUCAACAAAGCUGGAAAAGAUGGGAUUCCUGCAGAAAUCACCCGAGUUCAGGAUGCCAUCAGUGUGGAACCGACAUACUCAUACUAUGAGAAAGUUUCAGAGGAACUGGAGAAAAUUGUCAAUGAGGUGAAAGAGAAAGAGGAAGUUGAAAGGCUCUCUGAUGAGGAAGUCAUCAAUAGGAUCAUUGCUCUCACCAAGCAGCAGGGUGACGCCAUCGACGACAAGCUGAAGGACAACCCCACCCUCAGCAACUUCUUCCAGGGAAUGUCCUACUCCUCCUUCCAGCAGUUAGCUGACAGGUAUCUGGAGGAGGAAGCUUCCCCAAUCCACAAUCCUCCCACUGUGCUGCUCACGGCUCCUGAGCUGGUCAAGCUGGCCUUCACUCUCGACUUCACCGCAAGGAUAGCUGGACUCUCACGGCAGAACGUGGGUCACAUUACAGGCCUGGGGAACCGUUAUCUGCAGGACCGAUUUGAAUACCAACAGGCGUGUACAGAUCAUCCAUGGUCUGACAGCGACGACUGAGAAGCAGCUGUGCAGAAAGUAAACCAUUCCUGCAAAAAAUGAGGAAGUCACUCUUUGCUGUUUCUCAGCACCACUGACGUGGUUAAGGAUUUGUUACAAUCAUGAUUUCCACAUUUCUUAGAAAAGAAAGUGGAAGCGGCAGAAGUUUGAAGCUGGUGAUACGAUUGUCACUGCUUGGUGAUAGGACACCUGCUUGAGUCUGCAGCCACAGGAUGUUUGCUGAAGAACCAGUUGAAUGCCUUUGGACUAUUUGGGUAUGUGCUUAUCAAAGUGUUGACUGAUUGCAAUCACAGGAAGACGACCUUUAAGAGAGGAGGAAGGCACCUUCUUAAAACAUGUGGCAAUAUUUCAGAACCAAAGACAGCUGAUUCUGCAUGGACGCUUUAAUAGUGAUAAUCUUUUUAAAAAUUCCAUGAUUUCUGUGAAAGGCUUUGCAAUAAUGCAAAAGAGCAAGUCUGUGGACUUUGAUGUUUAUGUGCAAUAUUUUUGUAGGUUUAUAAGAUGUUAAAUAAGCAUAUCUUUAUGUAAGAGAAGCUCAACUGAACUGUGACAAUAUUUCUGUUUGUUGAAUGAAUGCUGGCGUUCAUAUAAAAUACUGAAAUUAAAAGAUA